CAGUCCGAUUAUUUUAGGCAUAUAUGACGACCGUUGACGUUGUGAUUGUCGGCGCAGGCAUUGCAGGCAUUAAGGCAGCAACAGAAUUGCACUCGAAGGGAGUGAGAACUUUGAUUUUGGAAGCUCGGGAUAGGAUUGGCGGAAGGCUGUACACCUAUCAUCCGCCAAACUCGAAGUACGGCUAUGAUGUCGGUGCCUGCUGGUUUCACGCCACUUUGAACAAUCCACUUUUCCACAAUGCUCUAAAGAAGCAAAAUGUCGAGUAUUUCUUCGAUGAGAACUCUGCAGCCGUGAUUGGACCUGAAGGAUCUCUUACGGCAAAUGUUGGUCCAAUUGUUGAGGAAAUCAAAUUGUAUGCCCAAUCUAGACCUGGCAAAGACGUUAAUUUGAAAACAGCCUGCGCAGAAUAUCUGGCCAAAAUGGGGCCCACAUUGUCCGAAGAACAGAAGAAAUGGGCUACCUCGCUGCUGCGAGUGGCAGAAAUUCCUAAUGGAAUGCAGUGGGACAUGUUCUCUGCUAGAUUGGCCAAUCCUCCCUACGUAGGAAGAGACGCAUUUGUGUCAGGUGGCUACGAGAAAGUGUUGGAAAACGAGCUCGAAGAAUUUCCGAAGGAAUCCAUCUUGACCAACACGGUUGUAAAGAAGAUUGAGGAGACGGACACCGGGUACAAGGUCACGUCUGAGGACGGCAGAACUUUCUCCUCCACGUUUGUUGUCGUCACCAUUCCCCAGUCUGUUUUGAAGCUGAGCGUUGAGGAUCCCAACGCCAAGGGUGCAAUCACAUUUGUGCCAGACUUACCUAAAAGUAUUACCGACAAUUUCCCAAAGACACACUUCUGCGCGCUCGGAAAGGUCAUCUAUGAAUACAACGAGGUUUUCUGGCCGGAAACAGAAAAAUUCGUUGUUAUCCCCAAGCCUGAUGAAUCUGUAUGCACUUCAACCAGCUUCCCGACUUUAGAAUACAACAGAAAGCUUACCGAGGAAGAGGCAGACAAGCUGGAGGCAUUUGAUUUUCCAGUUUUGACUGUUAACCUAAAAACUGUGAAGAAUGCUCCCGCACUCAUGUUCCUGGUUCCUGCUCCCGCAUCUCAUUUACUCGAGGAGAAUGUUGAAAAGUAUGGCCCAAAGCUGCUCGAACCUAUAAUUGCCAAACUUUCUGGUAGAAAACAGAGUGAGCUUCCAAAGCCAACUCUCGUGUUCUCUACAAACUGGUCUUCUGAUCCUUUCAGCAGAGGCUCUGUUUCAGGAAAUGCAGUUGGUGAUGUCCUAGUCAACGACGGUCUUAUUGAGGGUGUCAACCGUUUACGGUUUGCUGGUGAAGCAUACUGCUAUGAAGGCCAUACUGGUGCCCACGGCGCCUAUAUCAGUGGUAAAAGAGAGGCAGACCGUAUCCUACGAGAGCUAUUAAAUCUGAACGGUGCAGAGAUGUAAGAAUUCCUAAACAGUAAAAUAUAAACAGGCACAGAUCAAGGAACACUUUUAACCUAAUGUCUGAAAUUAAGGAACGUUACAUUUCCGCAAACCAGGCGCACCUAUUUGCAUCAUUUGAAGAUCUAACUGAUGGUGAGCGUAAACGCCUCUUGUCCCAAUUGGAACAAAUCCCGGACCCAUCAAAAUAUCUUCAGGAAGUUCAAGAGGCAAUUAGAUAUAGCACAUCGGUUUCAAAAUCCAGGCGGUUUUCCCCUUUGCCAGCACAAGCAUGUGCUUCAACAUUAGACACCUCCUCCGAGACUUUGAAAGAGUGGAAUGAUGUGGGAAUGGACCUUAUCGCUAAGGGGAAAGUAGGAGUUAUUCUAAUGGCCGGUGGACAAGGUAGUCGUCUUGGAUCGGCAGCUCCAAAAGGCUGCUACAAUGUGGGACUUCCGUCUCAGAAAUCAUUGUUCCAGCUUCAGGCCGAAAGGUUGAAGAAAUUGCAACAAUUGGCCAAUACACAAAGAGUAAUUCCCCUGUAUAUCAUGACCUCCAAACCUACUAGGACAGCAACAGAGAACUUUUUCACCAAGAACAACUACUUUGGCCUCGAAUCCUCGCAAGUCAUCUUUUUUGAUCAGGGAACGCUCCCUGCAGUUUCACUGGAUGGUACCAAGCUGUUGUUGGAAUCAAAAAGUUCCUUAAUCGAAAGCCCGGAUGGGAAUGGAGGACUUUAUAAAGCAAUCUAUGACAAUGGGCUAUUGCAAGACUUUGCCAAACGAGGAAUUGAACACAUUCACAUGUACUGUGUUGAUAAUGUCCUAGUCAAAGUCGGUGAUCCGAUUUUUAUCGGGUAUGCUUCUACCAACAAAUAUCAUAUUGCUACCAAGGUGGUCCGUAAGAGAACCGCUGAUGAGAGUGUUGGCCUGAUCGUGAUGGAUGAAGAAACCAGACAUCCAGCAGUCAUUGAAUACUCGGAAGUCAGCCAGGAGCUAAGGGAAAAGCGCGACCCACAAGGGCUACUCUUUUUCAGAGCAGCUAAUAUUGUGAACCACUAUUAUAAUGUCGCAUUCUUACAGGAGAUGAUUCCGAAAUGGAUAUCUGACCGCAGGUUCUUGCCGUACCACGUUGCCAGAAAGAAAAUAGCAUAUCUGGAUGGGGGAUCUGGAAAAAUUGUCGAGCCUAGAGAGCCCAACGGAAUAAAAUUAGAGCAGUUUAUUUUUGACGUAUUCUCCAGCGUCGAGAUGCAUAAAUUCGGCUGUCUUGAAGUGGAUAGAGCUGAAGAGUUUUCGCCAUUGAAAAAUGCUCCAGGGAGUGCCAACGAUGGCCCCGAAACAUGCAAAGCCAAUCUACUCAGCAGAAGUGCUCGCUGGCUUACAAAGGCAGGAGCUAUUCUGCUUGGCUCCGAAAUUGAGGUGAGCCCGCUGACAAGCUAUUCUGGAGAGGGACUGGAGAAAUAUUUGGGCUCGAGGAUCGGCUCUCCCGCUGUUGUCUGAGCGGAAGACACGAUGAAUUAGCUCCUAUUUUAUCGGAUCAUCUGAUUUUGGGUGUGUGAAAACCGAUGCAACCAUAAUAUAUAAAAGGGGGGAGGAAGCAGCUGCGCAGUAAUAUUUUGUGCCGCACCAGAGCAAGCAAGAAGUAAUAAACCGUUUAGAACUACAGUUAAGUACUCAAUUGAACUAGUCUAGGCCGAUAAGAGAGUAUACCAUGUUUUUUUCUAAUGGUACCGGAAAAGGACAUAAAAGAUCGCUUACGGGUUUCACACCCACGGAGAUAAAAGCAAUUGACAACUCCAUUCCAUUGAAGGCCCGCGAAGCGUGGAAGAAGUAUGGAACCAAGGAGUUUGAGUCUGCGGAAGAAUUAGAAGCACGAUUCAUCGACCAUGUAGAAACCACAUUGGCGCGGUCAAUGUACAACUGCGACAACCUGGCCGCAUAUCAGUCCCUAUCGAGCUCCGUCAGAGACAAGCUCAUUUUGCGCUGGAACAAAACCCAGCAGUUGCACACUGUAAAAGAGGUCAAGCGCGUCUAUUAUUUUUCAUUGGAGUUUCUUAUGGGCAGGGCUCUAGAUAAUGCUAUCAUCAACCUGGAGAUUAAGGAUUUGUGCAACAAGUCCACAAAUGAGCUGGGAUUCCGUCUUGAGGACCUUAUUGAAACCGAGCCAGAUGCUGGACUUGGAAAUGGAGGACUAGGGAGACUUGCUGCCUGUUUUGUGGAUUCUCUGUCUACCGGCAAUUAUCCUGGCUGGGGAUAUGGUUUGAGAUACAAUUACGGAAUUUUUGCACAGAAAAUUGUUGACGGCUACCAGGUUGAAGCCCCUGAUUACUGGUUGAAGUUCGGAAAUCCGUGGGAGAUUCCUCGCACAGAGAUCCAAUAUCCCGUGGACUUCUAUGGCUACGUUUCUACCGAAAAGGAUGAGAAAACUGGCGCACUGUAUAAGCAAUGGCAUGGUGGAGAGAGAGUGUUGGCAGUUGCUUAUGAUUUCCCUGUUCCUGGAUAUAAGACAAGCAAUGUCAACAACUUGAGAAUGUGGUCAUCGCAGCCAACCACAGAGUUCGAUUUCCAGAAAUUCAACCAAGGAGAUUACACCAAUUCCGUUUCGCAACAACAAAGAGCAGAGUCCAUUACCGCUGUGUUGUAUCCUAACGACAACUUUUAUCAAGGAAAAGAGUUGCGUUUAAAGCAGCAGUACUUCUGGGUUGCAGCAUCGUUGCACGACAUUGUCAGACGGUUCUUGAAGACGAAGAAACCUUUCUCACAGUUGCCUGACUAUAUUUCGAUCCAACUGAACGACACACAUCCGACUAUUGCGAUUGUUGAGUUACAACGGAUUUUAGUGGACUUACAAAAGGUUGAUUGGCAUGAAGCUUGGGACAUCGUGACAAGAACAUUUGGCUACACCAAUCAUACGGUUAUGUCUGAGGCCCUGGAGAAAUGGCCUUUGGAGCUGUUUGCCAACCUGCUACCAAGGCAUUUGGAGAUCAUCUAUCAAGUGAACUUUGAGUUCUUGCAGGAGGUGGAGAGGAAGUUCCCUACCGAGAGAGAUCUGCUUACGAGAGUUUCUUUGAUUGAAGAGUCUUCACCAAAAAACAUUCGUAUGGCCCACCUAGCCAUUAUUGGCUCACACAGAGUCAAUGGUGUUGCUGAGUUGCACUCCGAGCUGAUCAAGACGACAAUUUUCAAAGACUUUGUAAAGAUUUACGGCUCAGAACGAUUCACCAAUGUGACAAAUGGUAUCACCCCUAGAAGAUGGCUCCGGCAAGCCAAUCCAAAGCUGAGUGAGCUUAUUGCUUCAAAAUUGGGUGGCUACGAGUAUCUCACCAAGCUUGAGAAACUCAAAGAGCUGCAAAACUUCCUAGAGGACUCGGAGUUCAAGAAGGCUUGGGUAGAAGUCAAGAAGUAUAACAAGGUUAGAUUGACUGAUAUGAUCAAGACGCUGACAGGGAUUGAAGUCAGUCCAAAUAGCAUGUUUGACAUACAAGUCAAGAGAAUUCACGAAUACAAACGCCAACAGCUAAACAUUUUUGGUGUGAUCUGGAGGUAUCUGCAGAUCAAGGCCACUCCAAAAGAAGAGCGUGCUGAAAAGUGGCCUGCAAAAGUGUGUAUAAUCGGUGGUAAGGCUGCUCCCGGAUAUUAUGCCGCCAAGAAGAUUAUCAAGUUGGUCAAUGCAGUCUCUGACGUUGUCAACUCGGACCCUGACGUCGGCGAUAUCCUGAAGGUAAUUUUCAUCCCAGACUAUAACGUUUCUAAGGCUGAGACUAUCUGCCCGGCUUCUGACAUUUCCCAACAUAUUUCCACAGCAGGUACAGAGGCUUCAGGUACUUCAAAUAUGAAGUUUGUGUUGAAUGGAGGUCUUAUUAUUGGCACUGUUGAUGGUGCUAACGUUGAAAUUACCAGAGAAAUAGGAGAGGACCAAAUAUUCCUGUUUGGAAAUCUUUCAGAGGAUGUCGAUGAGCUUCGCCACGAACAUAACAUGGGCCGUUUAACUAUUCCUAAUGCUUUGAAUCAGGUGUUUGAUUCUAUCGAGUCGGGGACAUUUGGCAGCUACGAAGAAUACCGUACACUUGUGGAAAACAUCAAGAUCCACGGCGACUACUACCUCGUCAGUGAUGACUUUGAAAGCUACUUAGAGGCACAAAGAACUAUUGAUAAGGAGUAUAAGGAUCAGGACAAUUGGACCAGAAAAUCCAUCAUUUCAGUUGCCAACAUGGGAUUUUUUUCGAGUGACCGUUGCAUUGAAGAAUAUGCAGACAAUAUCUGGAACAUUGAACCGAUCAAGGAGCAAGUAUAAGUUACUCUUUCAUUUUUUUUUUAGCAAAACAAUACAUGGUAUCCCAAGUAAUGGUUUGAGUGCUCUUCCAUAAUCCAGUACUUCUUAAGUCGGUCUCCAAACGGAACAUAAUAUCCCUCUCUGUUCCCUUUGCUCCUUCAUUUGCUUUGUACCAUCCCGGCAGAGGACUAUAAGUAUUAAUGAAAGCAAGAAAAUCUUCAAGAGUGCACUCUUUUUGAAGAAACAGAAGAGGUUUUCCGUCCAGAGUCCUGGAUUUCAGCGCCUGCUCCCAUUUAGCCUCAGGCAAAUUUAGCUGGUCAAACUUGACUAGUUCGACAUUCUCAAACCUACCAUCUCCACUAAUAAGCUCCGUAGCAUCUUUGAGCCAAUCAUAAAACCUGCUUUUGCCUUCGUCCCAGUGGGGUCUCAUCAAAGUAGGAUCUCCCAUAACGUAUCUGUGGUAGAUCUCAUUCAAAACGUUAUCUUUGAAUAUUGGUUCAAGGUACAACCAGAAUGCCAAAGUUCCUUGAGGACAUAGCACUCUAGCAGCCUCAUUCAAAAAGCCUGCUGGAUCCAUCCAGUGGACACAUUCUGCAGCCGUGAGGACGUCAAUUGAGGCAGAGGAAAUCAUGUUCAAGUCCUCUGCUCUCCCUUGAUAGAAUUCAAGCUGGUUACUGGAACUUUUAGCCUUGCACCUAGAAAUCAUACCUUCACUUGGAUCAACCCCAAUUGACGUCGUGAAGUAGCGAGAGAAGGGGAAGGUCACCUGGCCUGUGCCACAGCCAACGUCGAGCAGACGGUUGGUUGGGCCCUGAUGGUACCUUAAAAUCAGCUCGAGGAAUUCAUUAGGGUAGGAUGGUCUGAACGACUCGUAAUUGCCGUGAUCGAACACUUU